UUGGAAUGUCUUGUUUAAGAUAUAAAACACUUAAAAAAUAAAUAAAAUCAAAUAGUUAGUUGAAAGUGCAAUAUAAUUCUAUAUUUUGAUGUACUUGAAUAAAUAUGGAUAAUUUGAGUAAAGUCCCUAAAGAUGGAGCGGAAAAGAAAAGAAGUGAUCCUAAUAUAAUAUCGCGUUUUUUUAUAUGCUGGGUUUGUCCAGUACUCGUGAAAGGAAAUAGAAGGGAUGUCGAAGAAAAAGACCUUAUUGUACCUGGAAAACAAUAUGAUUCAAUUCGACAGGGACAAAUACUGGAAAGUUACUGGAUGGAGGAGUAUGAAAAAGCUAACCGAGAAAACCGGCCACCAUCGUUGUGGAGUGCGCUGUGGCGCGCGUACUGGGUCCAGUACCUGCCGGGAGCCUUCUAUCUCUCUAUCAACGCUGCAGCCAGGAUAAUGCAACCGCUCAUUUUUACUGAGCUGCUAUCGUACUGGUCUGCGGAGUCCACCAUCACGAGGCUGGACGCGGGCUACUACGCCCUGGGCAUGCUGGGACUUAACUUUAUUGCCAUGAUGUGUCACCAUCACAACACUUUAUUUGUUAAUAGAUUCAGUUUAAGAGUCAAAGUAGCAGCUACGUCGCUACUGUACAGAAAGCUGCUGCGCAUGAGCCAGGUGUCUGUAGGCGAGGUGGCGGCGGGCAAGCUGGUGAACCUGAUGUCGAACGACGUGGCACGGUUCGACUACGCGCUCAUGUUCCUGCACCAGCUGUGGGUGAUCCCGGCGCAGGCGGCCGUCGUGCUGUACCUGCUGUACAUCGCCGCCGGCUGGGCGCCCUUCGUCGGCCUCUUCAGCGUCGUACUCAUUAUCAUACCAUUGCAAGCCGCUCUUACGAAAUUAACUGCUGUCGUGAGACGUAAAACUGCUGCCAGAACCGACAGGAGGAUUAAACUUAUGAGUGAAAUUAUUAAUGGAAUUCAGGUUAUAAAGAUGUACGCUUGGGAAAUUCCGUUCCAAGCAGUAGUAAAAAUGGCCCGAUCGCAUGAGAUAUCUUCAGUUAAGAACGCCAUGAUCAUUCGUAGCAUGUUCCUUGGAUUCACGCUCUUCACUGAAAGGACCAUCUUGUUAAUAACUAUUUUGACCCUUAUCUUAACUGGUUCAAUGAUCACUGCAACUACGAUUUAUCCUAUUCAACAAUAUUUCGCGAUUAUCCAGAUUAAUUUGACACUCAUACUUCCGUUUGCUAUUGCUAACCUCUCGGAACUAUUCGUGUCAUUAGAUCGUAUUCAAGAAAUUCUGGUAAUGGAUGAAAGAAAGGACAUCAAUAACACACCAAAAGCAAAUAAUAAUAUAAGGCCAGUCUCAUUUGACUCUAAUCCUAUAAGACACGAGCCAAACUCUAUAGUAUCUAAGAAAUAUAUUCAUAAUGAUGAAUUUGCUGGACAAGAAUCGGAACCUGCCAUUAGACGUCCAUCCGUAGCUGUCGAGUACGCCUUGGAGUUGGCGGGGGUGUCUGCCUCCUGGGUACCAAAUACCGACGAAACCACUCUCACGAAUUUGUCGAUAAGAAUCCGCAAGGGCAAACUAUGUGCUAUAAUAGGCCCUGUUGGCUCUGGAAAAUCUUCCUUGCUGCAAGUGCUGCUUAGAGAGUUGCCGAUAGGCAAAGGCAAUCUCAAUGUGAAGGGUCGAAUGUCGUAUGCCUGCCAGGAUUCAUGGUUAUUCCCCGCAACAGUCCGCGAAAAUAUUUUGUUUGGACUGCCAUAUGACUCCACUAAGUAUAAAGAGGUUUGCCGGGUUUGCUGCUUGUUGCCAGAUUUUAAACAAUUUCCAUACGGUGACCUCACGCUCGUAGGCGAACGUGGAGUAUCUCUGUCAGGAGGACAAAAAGCUCGUAUAAAUUUAGCAAGAGCAGUCUAUCGCGAUGCCGAUAUUUACUUAUUGGACGACCCUCUGUCCGCUGUGGAUGCCAAUGUCGGUAGAAUCCUGUUUGAAGACUGUAUUAAAGGCUACUUGCACGGCAAAACUGUAAUUCUGGUUACCCAUCAGAUCCACUUCCUCAAAUCUGCGGACACAAUUGUAGUAUUAAAUGAAGGGGCGAUUGAAAAUGUAGGCAAUUACGAAGAACUUACCAAAUCUGGAAAAGAAUUUGCAUUACUCCUGACAAGCCCUGAAGAGAGUGUUGCUGAACCAGGGGCCACCAAGCUUGAAGCAAGACGGUCGAUAAAACGGGGUAUCUCGAGAAUAUCAAUCAAAAGUGAAAAUAGUGAAGUAGAAAGGGAGCAAAUACAAGAAGCAGAAGAAAGAGCUAAGGGUAACCUGAAGUGGGAGGUCGUCUGGACGUACCUGUCCACAGUGAAGUCGUGGUGUCUCGUGGUCACCACGCUGGUGGUGGUGCUGGCCACCCAGGCGUCUGCUACUGCCACGGACUACUGGCUAAGUAUAUGGACUAAUAAUGUUGAUGCUUACGAACAAUCUUUGCCAGCUGGGGAGGAAUCCGAUCCCGGUUGGAAUACACAAAUCGGAAACUUGCAAACUUGGCAUUAUUUACUUACAUAUGGCUGCUUGAUUUUGGGGAUUAUCGUGAUCCUUCAUACUCGAAUCUACGCCUUUGUUAUGAUGACAGUCAGAGCCUCAAAAAAUAUUCAUAAUCUUAUAUUUAAAAAUCUUAUCAAUGCCUUGAUGAGAUUCUUUGACACAAAUUUAUCUGGUCGAGUUUUGAACAGAUUCUCAAAAGACAUGGGUGCGUUGGACGAAAUUUUGCCGCGUUCUAUGAUGGAAACCAUUCAAAUGUACCUCUCCAUGAUUAGUAUCCUAGUGCUAAACGCGUUGGCUCUAUGGUGGACCAUCAUACCGACCAUAGUUUUAGUUAUCAUUUUUGUAAUUUUUUUGAAAUGGUAUUUGAACGCGGCGCAAGCUGUGAAAAGAUUGGAAAGCACAACAAAGAGUCCUGUUUUCGGCAUGAUUACUUCUACGAUAUCAGGCUUGUCCACAAUUAGGAGCUCAGGUUCUGAAAAUAGGUUAAACCAAUUAUUUGAUGCUGCACAGGAUCUUCAUUCAAGUGCCUUCUAUACCUUCUUGGGAGCUCAGAGUGCAUUUGGAUUAUAUUUAGAUUUUCUUUGCUUAGCGUACCUUGGCACUAUUAUUGCCGUUUUUCUCGUAGUGGAUUUCGGUGAAUUGAUCCCAGUGGGUAGCGUGGGUCUCGCCGUCAGUCAGUCCAUGAUACUGACGAUGAUGUUACAAAUGGCUGCUCGGUUUACUGCAGACUUCUUGGCUCAGAUGACAUCAGUGGAGAGAGUGCUCGAGUACAGUGUGCUGCCAACGGAAGAAAACAUGUAUGAAGGAAAAAUACAGGCUCCACCGACUUGGCCAGCACAGGGUGAGGUGCUCUUCGAAAGCGUCUAUAUGAGAUACGGACCUGAUGAUCCGCCAGUAUUGAAUGAUUUAAGCUUCCAAAUUCAGAGUGGCUGGAAGGUCGGAGUAGUAGGCCGAACUGGGGCAGGAAAGUCAUCGUUGAUUUCAGCUCUGUUUCAACUCUACGCGACCGAUGGCAACAUCAAAAUUGAUGGUGUUAACAUCAAAGAUUUGUCCAAACAGGCCUUGAGAUCAAAAAUAUCCAUCAUUCCUCAAGAACCAAUACUAUUUUCUGCUACAUUGCGUUACAAUUUGGACCCGUUCGACAGCUACAGCGACGACGACAUCUGGCGAGCCUUGGAGCAGGUAGAGAUGAAGGACGCGAUAUCGUCGCUGAGCUACAAGGUGGCGGAGGGCGGCAGCAACUUCUCGGUGGGGCAGCGGCAGCUGCUGUGCCUGGCGCGCGCCGUGCUGCGCUCUAACAAGGUGCUGGUCAUGGACGAGGCCACCGCGAACGUCGAUCCUCAAACGGACGCGUUGAUCCAGUCGACGAUCCGGCGCGUGUUCUCGGCGUGCACGGUGGUCACGAUCGCGCACCGGCUCAACACGGUGAUGGACUCGGACCGCGUGCUGGUGAUGGACAAGGGCCGCGUGGCCGAGUACGACUACCCCUACCUCCUGCUCAAGAACCCCAACAGCCUCCUCAACUUCAUGGUCAAGGAGACGGGAGAGAUGGGCAGGGCUCUGCAUGACAUGGCCAAGACUAAAUUUGAUAGUGACCAUCCCUCUACAUAACUCCCCUACAUUCCCCUACGUCAUUUGUGCAGUAAAUUUUUGCUAAAAUUUGACACACGAGAAAUUCAAUUAAUAAAUUUCUUUUAAAAAUCACCGAAUAGUUUGAGGACUUCAGCACAAUUUAAUACUUUGCUUGUGUUACAGGAAACAGGCGGUAUUAGGUAGGUAUUAGUUGGUUUCAGAACAAGUCAGUUCAGCUUACGGAUGUCGCUAUUCAUUCCAAUAUUUACUAAAAAUAUAGGUUUUAUGAGGGUGUAAAAGUAACUACAGAUGAAAGUAGUGCGAAAAGUUUUCCUUCGUAUUUUUACGGAAACGUACGAACGUGUCAUGCUAUUUCAGUCUCAGUAGGUACAAGUCGUACUGACUUUGUCUGAGCUAGCAUGACAAAUACGAACUUUUCCGGAAAAAUACGAAGGAAAAUCCUUUCACACUACAUCUGUAGACGGACUUUAUUUUUUUUUGUUACUGCUCAAUUCCUACUUAUAGCAUAGAACUAAUUAAUUAGGUACUUAAAUGUCACUCACAAACACAAUAAACUAUUAAUAAAUUAUCACAGUAAUAAAAAAUAUUCGAAUAAACUC